AAAGACCACAGAUCACAUACAGCAUGUCCGUGUGUCCUCUCCGGACUCAUAUCCGUGUGUUAUGUUUUUAAAGAGGCCUCAGGGGUGGAAAUAAACCUGUCUGGAUGAAUUUGAUGAAGAGGCGAUCUAUUGGAUGAAGAGGCGGAGCCGCAUACACGUAUGCACAAACACACGGAGACAAUCGACCAGCUGCCACAUUUAUUAACUUAUUAAACAUGAGACGCUUCAUUCGGCACAACAUACACACGCCAAGGUGCUAGAUGGUGGUUGCGAAGGCAGUACGUAAUGCUGAAGGGGCUCGUCCUGAGUCAGAAUGAGUGUCAAAGAUGGCGAUGGGACAGCUAGCCAAGAUGGAAAGGCCUACGAACUUCAGAUCUACCCCCGACUCUCUCUGGAGACGGCUUCAUGCUGUACACUCAGAGUCACCAAGGAGGCCACCGCAGCUAGCGUCAUACGGGAUGCGGCAGCGACCCUCGGACUGGACACCAGCAAGCUUUACGUCCUGGCCGAGGUGAAGGAGUGCGGUGGGGAGGAGUGGGUGCUUGAAUCAACCGACCUUCCGGUGCACAGGGUCCUUCUCUGGCCAAGAAAAGCCCAAGAACAACAUUCUCAGAAAGAGGGAUUUUACUUCCUCCUGCAGGAGCGCAACCACGAUGGCACCAUCCGCUACAUGCACCUGCCCGCCGUGGGGAACGAGCAGGAGUCCAAGCGACUGGUUGCUCGGGGCUUCCUCCCACCCCAGCAGGAGGACUUUGAGGACCUCUGCAACCUUCCGGUUCUCAGUGAGGACAGCAUCUUGAACAACCUCCGCAUUCGUUUUCAGAAGAAUAAAAUUUAUACAUACGCUGGCAGCAUCCUCAUUGCCAUCAAUCCCUUUAAGUUCUUACCCAUUUACAACCCCAAAUAUGUCAAAAUGUACGAGAACCACCAGUUGGGCAAGCUGGAACCUCAUAUUUUUGCCAUUGCUGAUGUAGCCUACUACGCCAUGUUGCGCAAGCAUGUCAACCAGUGUAUCGUUAUCUCAGGAGAGAGCGGAUCAGGCAAAACGCAAAGCACUAACUUCCUCAUUCACUGCUUGACGGCUCUCAGCCAGAAGGGUUAUGCAAGUGGCGUGGAACGAACCAUCUUGGGUGCUGGACCUGUGCUGGAGGCAUUUGGCAACGCAAAGACGGCCCACAACAACAACUCCAGCCGAUUCGGGAAGUUCAUCCAGGUCAAUUACCUGGAGAGCGGCGUGGUGCGUGGGGCCGUGGUUGAGAAAUAUCUGCUGGAAAAGUCCCGUCUGGUGUCCAGAGAGAAGAACGAGAGGAACUACCAUGUGUUUUACUAUCUGCUGGUUGGUGCGUCGGAAGACGAGCGACGCGAAUUCAGACUCCUGCAGCCAGAAGAAUACUUCUACCUCAAACAGCAAAACUUUACAAUAGAAGAUGCGGAUGAUCUCCGGCACGACUUCGAGCGACUGCAGCAGGCGAUGGAGAUGGUCGGCUUUCUGCCAGCCACCAAGAGACAGAUAUUCUCUGUCCUGUCGGCCAUCUUGUAUCUGGGUAACGUGACGUACAGUCAGAAGUCGUCCGGCAGAGAGGAAGGUCUGGACGUGGGGCCGCCGGAGGUGCUUUCCACACUCUCAGACCUGCUUAAGGUUAAGGAGGAGCUGUUGGUGGAGGCUCUCACCAAGAGGAAAACAGUGACUGUAAACGACAAGCUGAUUCUGCCCUACAGCCACAGCGAGGCGAUCACUGCUCGAGACUCCAUGGCCAAGUCACUGUACAGCGCCCUGUUCGACUGGAUCGUCCUGCGGAUCAAUCACGCGCUGCUUAAUAAGAGAGACAUGGAGGAGUCAGUUUCGUGUUUAUCUAUUGGUGUGCUUGAUAUCUUUGGCUUCGAAGACUUUGAGACCAACAGCUUUGAACAAUUCUGCAUCAACUACGCCAACGAGCAGCUUCAGUAUUACUUCAACCAGCACAUCUUUAAACUUGAACAGGAGGAGUAUCAGGCCGAGGGCAUCACCUGGCACAACAUCGACUACACCGAUAACGUCGGCUGUAUUCACCUCAUCAGCAAGAAGCCCACUGGACUCCUCUAUUUACUUGAUGAGGAGAGCAACUUUCCUCAUGCCACUGAUAAAACCUUGCUGGCCAAGUUCAAACAGCAGCACCAACAGAAUCAUUACUUUGUGGCGACUCCAGUGUUGGAGCCAGCCUUCGUCAUCCUCCAUUUUGCUGGGAAGGUCAAAUACCAGAUUAAGGAUUUCCGUGAGAAGAACACGGAUCACAUGCGUCCGGAUAUUGUGGCUCUCUUGCGGAGCAGUGACCGAUCUUACGUCCGGCAGCUGAUCGGGAUGGACCCGGUGGCGAUGUUCCGGUGGGGAAUCCUCCGCGCCACCGUCCGUGCUUUGGCUGCCUUCAACGAGGCCGGCCGCCACUGGGCAGCCAAGACUGCAGGUGUGGUCAGACCAAACUCCAGAGUUCCUCUAGGAGAGCUGCAGAGAGCCAACGUGCCCAUUGAGAGGAUGUACCGCCACGCUCCUAUGCUUGAUUUCUCCUUUGAUCAUUCAGAGGAGCGCCCUCUAGAGGCUUUUGAGGACAUCUUUGCUAGUUAUGAGAGUAAGAACGACAUGCAUGCCCAAAUCAUCAACUCUAUUAAGGACUUGCAGUUGGAUGGGGAAGAUCCACGUAAGCUGCUGCAGUCCUGGGGUCGCCUGCGGUUCCCGCGCCACGUCCUCCAGAAAAACAAGAACCCCAAGACCAAGCAACUCAUUCCCAAGAAUCUGUUGGACUCUCGUUCACUGAAGUUUAUAGUGGGCCUUCAUGACCGCACCACCAAGUCUUUGCUUCAACUGCACAAGAAGAAACGUCCUCCCAGCAUCAGUGCCCAAUUUCAAACAUCUCUUAGUAAGCUUCUGGAAACGCUGGGGAAGGCAGAACCAUUUUUCAUCAGAUGCCUCCGUUCUAAUGCUGAGAAGAAGGAAAUGUGUUUUGAUGAAGCACUCAUUGUGCAGCAGCUGCGGUACACAGGCAUGUUGGAAACAGUCCGCAUCAGACGGUCAGGUUAUGGAGCCAAAUACACCUUUCAGGAGUUUACUGAGCAGUUUCGUGUGUUGCUGCCAAAGAACGCUACGUCCCUGGAGGACAUAUCAUCUCUAUUGCACAGGCUUGGCUUUGACCACACUACCUAUCAGAUUGGGAAAACCAAGGUGUAUCUCAAGGAGCUCGAAAGGCAAAAGCUUCAGGACCUCCUCCACAAGGAUGUCAUGUGCAAAAUCAUUUUCUUGCAGCGUUGGUUUAGAGCUCAAAUGCAGAGGAUGGAGUUAAUUAGAAUGAGAGAGGCAGCCAUCUUAAUCCAGCGCUCAUGGCGCAGCUACCGCAAAGAGAAGUUCUACCAAGCAGUGGUUCUGAUCCAGUCAGCAUGGCGAUGUUCCAAACAGAGAGCUGAAUAUCGAAAAACACGAGCAUCUGUCACAAAGAUGCAGGCACUUGCAAGAGGGCAUUCGGCUCGCAAACGGUACUACUCCCUAAAGGAAGAUAAGAGGAAAAGAGAGGAAGAGGAAGCUCGGAGAAGAAAAGAGGAGGAGGAGGAAGCAGCUCGACGAGCCAAGGAGGCAGAAGAGGCUGCUAGGCGAGCUAAAGAGGCUGAGGAGGCAGCCAGACGAAUCAGAGAGGAAGAAGAGGCAGCCAGGCGUGCCAGAGAGGAAGAGGAAGCAGCAAGACGACAGAAAGAACAAGAGGAAGAGGCAGCUCGACUUGCUUUAGAAGCCGAGCGGAAGGCUGCAGAGAAGCAGGAGAAGACGCCACUACAACAACCAACGGCACCAGGCAAGCAGUCUGACGAUGUGGAGACACUAGUGCUAGAGAGCCCUAAGGCUCCUGUGGAUGUUGAGAUUGAAAGUAAGGACAGGGCUCAAGUUGACGUCUCAAAAGACCAAAAUCAUUCUGAGAAGGUUCCUCAAGUGGAGGCUGGUCCUCACCCUGAGGUUAAGGAACACCAGAAGCAAAAGGAAAAUGGAUCUUCUGCACACCCCAGAGAGGAAGGUACACCCACGUCUCCUGAAAUCCCAACCGGGCAAAGCCAAAACAGAGCUCCUUCGCUCUCCAAACUUCCAACAUCCAGAAGUCAGGAAAAACGGGAGCUUAGGAGGCAACGUGGCCUAGAGCACAACCAGAGAGAAAGUGAGCGGGCAGCUUCGGUUGGAAAAGACGAUACUUCCAUCAAGAGCAAAACUCUGGAGAGUCCAGGAAAAGCAGACGGCAAGCUGAAGGAACGCUCCGACAGCAAAGAGUUGGAUCAGUACACCUUUGUGGCUUGGAAAGUAGACAAGACGAAGAGGGAUGCCAAAGAAGUCCCACCUGAACUUGUUCGACCUUCCACCUUACCCUUAGAUAUCCCUACUUCUGGGCCUGGAAGAAAUGGCUACACCGACCCAUCCAUCACUGCUCAACCUGCUCUUGCCAAAGAAGAGGCCAACAGGAAAAAAGAACCAUCAAGAAGCAACACCCAGCCAGAAAACCUCAUAGCGGGACCCCACAGUCUGGAGGACAGGAAUAUCAAAACUCUCCAGAACCGUGGGAUCUCUAUGUCACUAGACGAUGUAUCCAAAAUAGGUUUUGGCGGUUCAUCACAGGCACAGUCCAGCACUGAGGUUGGUCGUGAUAGAGUGAAGGCCAGCACAUUGAAGGAAAAAGUUCAAGACACCCACAGCCUGCAAGAUGCAUCACCUGUCCAGCCAUCUACCCCAGAGAGGACAACAGGGUUUUUCAGAAAGAUCCUAAAGAAGCGUCCACAUAAAGAAGCUCAGACCCCGGAAGAUGGAGACCUGAGCCUAGCUUCCUUUUUGGAUCAAAAAGAAGCCACUUCUCCAUCACGCUUGCACAAUUCAAAGCCUAAUGCGAGUCGACCCGCUCGGACACCCAGUAUCAUGAUCAGUCACUCAACAUCUCGGGCCUCUGAGCAGUGUAACCCCUCGCUGAACCGCGUGAUCACCAAUGCGAACGAGCUACGCCACCUUGAUGAGUUCCUGGGCAAUCAGGUGAACGAUUUGCGCUCACGGGGAAAGCAGCUUUCAGGAACAGAGCAUAUCUUUAUUACUGCCACUAUGCAGUUCAGAGAAAACAUCAAGGGGAUGUACUCAUUCUCUAAACCUCAAAUUGGAUAUAAGGCUUUGAUGAAUAGCUACCACAAAAAAGUGAUCAGUCUAGCAGGAGAAAAGCAGAAAGGUGAAGUACCGCUGGUGGUUAAUCUCUUCCAGUCAGUUCUGGAUGGCUUCAUCAGAGCGGAGAUCAAAAAAGAAGAGGCUGAACCAACCAAGCCCCCCAAAGGUCGUAAAAUGAGAAGGAAGAAGGAUAAGAGCUUGGAGAAUCCAUUGGACCACGUGUUCACACACUACCAAGUUAACAUCAUGCAGUCUUGUGAUCAGUGCACCUCCUACAUCUGGGGUAUGGAGAAGGCCUACAUGUGCAGUUAUUGCAAAAUGGUUUGCCAUAAGAAGUGCAUUUGUAAAAUCGUCAUAGACUGCUCUGCUUUCUGCUCCAAGAAGUGUGAUGAUGAGCCUGGGUCACAACACUUUGGUGUGCGCGUUUGCAACCUGGUCAACAACAAGACCCCUGUGCCAAUUGUGCUGGAGAUAAUGCUGGAACACGUGGAAAUGAAUGGACUGUACACAGAGGGCAUUUACAGGAAGUCCGGCUCAGCCAAUCGCAUGAAGGCGCUACACCAGCUGUUGGAAGCAGGCCCAGAGAAUGUUUGUCUUGAGGAUUACCCCAUCCAUGCCGUCACUGGCCUGGUCAAACAGUGGCUAAGGGAGUUGCCUGAACCUCUCAUGACCUUCACGCACUACAACGACUUCCUCCGUGCCAUAGAACUACCUGAGAAGCAAGAGCAAUUGCAAGCCAUUUACAAAGUUUUGGAACAGCUUCCAACAGCCAACUUCAACACCUUGGAGAGGCUCGUUUUCCAUCUUGUCAGGGUUGCGAAGGAGGAGAAAAGCAAUCGAAUGACGCCAAACUCUCUGGCCAUCGUUUUUGCUCCCUGCAUUCUCCGCUGUCCGGACAGCGCUGACCCUCUCAUGAGCAUGAAGGACGUCGCCAAAACCACCAUUUGUGUGGAGAUGCUACUUAACGAACAAAUCCGGAGAUACAAUGAGAAAAUGGAGGAGAUCGAGCAGCUGGAAUACGCUGAGGCACUGGCUGUCAAUCAGCUCAAGCUAAAAAGACAAAACACGUGCUGGCAUUUACCUCUCAGAUUUAUCACUCCUUACAAAGAAGUGGCGGUUCGGGAGAAGCCAGCUUCCGACCUUUGUGUUGUACCUGAGAACGAGCCCCUGGAUUCAGACACUGAAGCUGAGCGAAACCUGAUGGAGCGGAUCAAGUCUAUCAAGCAGGAGAAAGAGGACCUUGCCUGCAGGCUACCAGAACUAGAACAGCCUGGUUCUGAUCAGGAGAACCUUGACUCGGAGGCGUCAGUCAGCUCUGAGAGCCUGUUGGACGAGCGAGCGGUCUGUUCGGACACGGAAGGACAAACAAUCGUACUGCCAAGAUUAUCCAAACCAGCUUGCCUUCCUAAGUCUGUCACCCUGGCCCAAGGAGGCAGCACAUGGGCUGACGGCCCCUCUCUUCCUUCACUGUCUCCCAGGCUUCAGCUCCAGCGUCGCCACCCUAUCAUCCCCAAAACGGUCAAGCUGCCCCCAGGAGUCCUGUGCCACCCAGCUGUACAGUCCCUCCCUCCCCGCAAAGCCCAGUCCCUCACCCUCGUCCAGCGGCGCGAGCAACCCGGCCGCCGCAAAGACAGCAUCCAGUCCCUCUACAUCACCGCUGGAACAGAGCUCCUCUUCCCACCCUCACCUACAACCUCAGACACCUCCAGCGCACAGGAGCUCCAGACCUCCUCCCGGCGUUUCUCGGACCCAGACAUUGCUUUCGUAAAGGAUGAGGCUUGAGGCUUUCGAAAGAACAAUUUGAUUGGUUGUCGUCAUUGGUGCUGACUGCUUGCCCCCCAGUCAUAGUGACUGAUAAAGAGAAUUGUCUCACUUAGCACUUUUCCAUUCUAAUAAUAUAUUGGAUUUUUAAAGAGACUUUUUAAGACUCUGAUUUGUGCUGCAUAUAGGCAUUGGUAUGCAUCAAUGCUUGAUGCUUGAUUUUUGUUUUUACUUUUUUAGCAUCAAGAAAACAGGCUUGCACCUUUUGUGUCUUUAACGAACAGGAAAAGACUAAUUCAACCAUGAGGAGUGAUACCAUGAUGAUUUUUUGUGGACUGAUUUAUUUGUACAACCAAGGCUUCAUUCAUCUUAAAUAGACUUUUAAGCUGUAGAUCCUCCUUUAAUUCCUGCACAAGAACUCGAUGGACAAGAUUUGACUAGAAGGGGGAAGGAUGCAGCACUAGCCACUUUUCUCUUGGACCAGAAUGCCAUAACCGAAUGCAAUUUUCCAGAAUAACUCUCUUUCUUUUUUCUUUUCGAGAAGCGAUGACACUUUGGAUCAGCGUGGAUGUCUAUUCAGAAUAGCUUUGUAUAGGACUAAAUACAGUUUAGUGGCCAAGCCAUUGUUUAAUACUAAAGUCAAGAGUUAUGAAUGUUGUUGAAUGUUAAAUGAAAAGUAUGGAACGAAUGCCGGCUGGAUGUCUAUGAUGUAAAUUACGUUUUGCAUCAUGAGGACUGUAUGUGCCUACUAGUAUCGCUGUUUUUGAGUCCUCGGUGAUGUUUUGCAUUUAAUGGAGAAAUGACUAAUUAUUUUCCUACAAUACAGUUUGUACUGGCCACAAA